UUUUCAUUAUAAAAUGUCUCAAGAUAAGAUAGUUGGUGUUGACAUUCUCUUGGAAUUUUUGGAAGUAGCGUUUAAUCACAUAUUAUUCUUUCGCAAAAUCUAUCCUAAGGAAAUUUUUGUUAAGAAAAAAAUAUACGGAAUUACGGUAUAUGUAUCAGAACAUCCAGAAUUGAAUGAAUAUUUAUCAAAUGUUCUGAAUGCAAUCAGAGAAUUGAUAAAGGAAGAUGAAAACAGUAUUAGAGCCAUUAAUCUUACUUUCUACAACAAGAACAAGUCACCAAUAGAAAAAUUUGUCUUUGAUAUGGUUAAACUACAAGCAGAGUUUAUGGAGAGAGAUCCAUAUUAUUUAAAAACAGAAGAAGCACUAAAAACAAUUUGCUUAAAAUUAUCAAUGUGUGAUACAUAUUUAAGAGCUAUUCCAGACAAUUCAACUUUUUCUAUUGAAAUUCAAACAUAUGAAACUGCAUAUGUUACUCUGAGCGAAAAUCCAAAAUGUGAAGAUUUUCCAUGGAUUAUUAAAGAUGAUGCAGUAGAAAUGAUCAAUAAAAAUCUACUGCCAUUAAAGGACAUCAAAACAGAUUGUUUAAACUUACAACUCUAUGUGAUUGAGGAUACAGCAAACAAAAUCUAAGAUUUAAAUAAAUUUAUGAUUGAUAAGAUUAAUUCAUGAUAUUAUUAAGUUUAUUAUUGCGUUUAUAAGUCCGAUAAUUCGGCAGUUCAAAUUACGACACAUUUGAUAUAUAAAUUCAUAUAGAAAUUAUUUAAGCAUCUAAGGUCCAGCUUUGAUUGUUCAGGCUUUAAACUCUUAUUUGUCGUGUAUUCACAUAUAUGGUCUUAAUAAAUUAUUUAUCAUUGUUUGCA